AUGCGCUCGUCGCUCUGGAACAGCAGCCUCCUCCUCUGCUUUGUCCAUUUCGCGGUUCUCGUCUACGCGCGUUCCGGAAGACCGAUCAGGUCCUUGGCCUUUCGCGAGGGCAGCACCUUUUUCUACCGGUUUAACUACAAGAUAAAUUCGCUGCCUUAUACGACGAUCUUCGCGCAAGCGGCGGGCUUCAAAGCGGCGUGGAAGCUGCCGGCCGCCGGUGAGCACCGGCACAUCCGGUCCGUCUCCGACAUCCACGAGUACGCCGAGCUCAUGUACGAGAGUCACGGUUUCAAUGGUCGUUCUUGUCUGCUGAAGAACAUCUGUCAAGCGUUACAAUACACGGAGCGGAAGGACGGCGUUGUAAGGAAGAUAUUGAAGCUACUUGCGGGGUCGUAUAUUAAUAACAGUACUUGGCAUGAGGAUCCGCUGUUCUGCGAACGUCACAUCAGGGAUUGCCCUCUACAAUUAAUCGGUUUUAAUAGUUUCGCGGAGGGUUAAUGUCAGGAAGUACCUUGGGAUGCUACAAGAACAACUGUACGUCUACAGAAAGAAAAAUUAUAUGAUGGAGCGAUAAUAUACGAAUAUUUUUGUUAAAAUAAUAUUGUAAUAAUUGCAUUUCUGUUUUCAUAUUAUUAAUUAAUUAAAACUUUGAGCAAUUGCCUCUCUGUAAAAGAAGACUUGUUAUGGAUAUUUGUUACAAAUGCUUCAAUAUUUUUAUCAUUAAUAUUAACGUUGUAAACAGCGUUAAAAAUACUUGCUCACUUGCUCAUUUACUUAUAAAUAUUUUGCUAAAUACCGAAAGGGAAAGAGUUAGUGAAGCACAAUCUCGGAAAAACAAGAAGAAGCAGAAGGAUAUUUCUAGCGAGUAUUAUAUA